CAAAUGACAGCUAAAACAGGACCACACGUCAUAUUAGAAAUUGUAAAUACAUAUUUAAGGUGUGGUUAUUAUAGGUUUAAAGCGUUUUGCUUUAGUGUUGAAUAGGGACAUGAUCUAUUACGUCUGUGACAGGGCAGUUCAGCCGGCUUUAUCAUUCGAUAUUCAGUUAAAUGGUGAACAAUUCCAAAAAAAGCUUAUCAACAAAAAAUAACAGGAAGAAGGCGUUUUUCUUAACUCUUGUGAGUGUAUAACGUAUUUUCAAACAAUGGUCAAAAACACCAGAACAGUUUUCCUUUUUAUGGUUCUUAUUUAUCUAUGUACCAAGUACGGAGAUUUGAAAAAACUUAGCGAAGAAAGCAUAGACUUUGUCUGUGAUUUCAAUAACAGAACUUUAAAACUAGUCAUAAACAAUGGUUUCAAAGACGAACAGGUUAUAAAAUGCUUAGAGGCUUAUAACACUUCAGAAACAUUAAUCUUUAGCAACAGUAGAUUGAAGAGAAUUCCAGAAUAUCUAGAUAUACUAAAAAGGCUUGUGAGUUUAGACUUAUCACAGAAUGAAAUAACCGCUGUUUCAUUUGAUACAUCGCAACAGAUGUGUCACAAUUUAAGACAGCUUGUUCUGGAUGACAACGAUAUUUAUGUAUUACGAGCAGGAAAUCUCGAUUGUUUAGAAUCUCUAGAGAAACUUUAUCUUGCUAACAACAACUUAUCACUCAUUGAGAACGGGACGUUUAGUGUCAAAUUAAAAGCGUUAGAUUAUGUACAUCUUGUUAAUAACAGUCUGACAAUUGUUGACUCCAGUUUAAUUAGUAAGGUUUUAUUGUCUAGUAAGACAUAUAUUAGAAUAAACGCUUCACGAAAUAGAAUAACUGGGUUUACAAAUUCCGUUAAUAUCACCAUAAACGACAUUGAUAAAUCAACUGUAAUUGGUAUCGUUCUGACUCAUAAUAAUAUCACAACCGUGGACACAAAUUAUUACUUUAAAAUGUUUUCGGUAACACAUCCAUUUCCACAGCUGCUUAACUUGUGGAACAGUGCAUUCGAUGCACGUUUUAACCCUUUUAUAUGUGAUUGUGCUCUCCUGCCUCUAGCCUUAGCGCUUAGAAAGUUUUAUACAAUCGAUCCAGAUAAUCCAGUCUUUUCCAUAACGUGUGGAGUUCCUAAAAGUUUGGAGGGAAUGAUGGUUCGCAAGGUACAAGCUGACCAGUUUAACUGCUCAGUUACUCAAGAUUGUCCAGAUUGCUGCACUUGCAUAAAAACUAUUGCUAUCGGCCUCAUCACCGUCGACUGCAGUAAUACAUAUCAUGCAGGUGACCUACCUAUGACAUGUCCGGUAGCAGAUACGCUUAACAUUGAUAUUAAAUCCAAUGACAUGAUUCAACUCUCUUCAAGAGCAUAUCUUUACAAUGUGACUGUAUUUGAUGUCUCGCAAUGUGCAAUUGCUGAUAUAGACCCAUCCAUCGUCAAAACUCUAGAAGGCGGAAUUAACCGAUCAAUAUUUUUACAUGAUAAUAAUUUUGAAAAUAUUCCAAGAACAUUUGAAACGUUUGCAUUUGCUAAAGGACAAGUUUUAACCAUCGAUGGAAAUCCAUUCACAUGUGACUGUCAUACACUUUGGAUGAAAAAAUGGCUUCUGUCAAAUAAAGAGCACGUUUACAACCAGUAUAAAAUUAUAUGCGCAACUGGAACUGGUAAAGGUAGAGCAAUGAUUGAAGUUCCAGACAAUAACUUUGUGUGCCAAAGAAGUCUACCUUUCGUUGACAAAGUAUUCAUAACAGUUGGAUCGCUAAUUGGUAUUAUUUUACUGUUCUUAUUUGCAGCCUGCAAAAGAAAUAGCAUUCAAGUUUUUAUGAUAUCAAAUUUUAAUGUAUGCAAAACCACUUGUCGAAAGAAGAUACCCCGGAGUUUGCCUUACGAUAUCUUUAUAGGGCAUUCACCCUCAUCCGAAGACAAUGAAAAAGUCUUAGAAAUUUAUAAUUAUCUGACAGGUCAGGAUCCGAAAUAUGAGGUGUACAGGCAGGAAGAACAGCGUUCAGGUGAAUUAUUAUCUUUUAUUAAUAAUGUGAUUGAAUCUAGUCAUAUAACUAUAUUCGCCAUCUCGAAUGAAUUUUUGAGAAACUCUUUGAAUAUUAGUCAAUUCCGAGGGGCCGACAUGAAAUACCGUGAAAGACAAAUAAAUACAAUGGUGUUAAUUAUAUUAGAGGAUCUAGAUAAUAAUAUUGUUACCUCGGAAUUGAUACCAUACUUGGAAGCGCGUGUAUGUAUAAAAUAUAGUGACAGACAUUUUUGGGCGAAACUUUUAAACCGUCUUCCUAUUAUGAUUUCACCCGAUAAUGAUAAUGGAGAAGGAAGGCCGCUUCUGCUACCAGAGUAGUUUUUGAAAUGGAACUGUAGUUUGUUUGUGCACAGGCUAAUACUUAACGUAAAAUAUAGCAUAUGAAGAUGUUGGUUCGCAAGGUCCAAGCUAACCAGUUUAACUGCUCAGUUACUCAAGAUUGUCCAGAUAGCUGCACUUGCAUAAAAACUAUUGCUAUCGGCCUCAUUACCGUCGACUGCAGUAAUACAUACCAUGCAGGCGACCUACCUAUGACAUGUCCGGUAGCAGAUAGGAGAAACAUUAAUAUUAAAUCCACUGACAUGAUUCAGCUCUCUUCAAGGACAUAUCUUCACAAUGUGACUGUAUUUGAUGUCUCGCAAUGUGCAAUUGCUGAUAUAGACCCAUCCAUCGUCAAAACACUAGAAGGCGGAAUUAACAGAUCAAUAUUUUUACAUGAUAAUAAUUUUGAAAAUAUUCCAAGAACAUUUGAAACGUUUUCCUUUGCUAAAGGACAAGUUUUAACCAUCGAUGGAAAUCCAUUCACAUGUGACUGUCAUACAUUAUGGACGAAAAAAUGGCUUCUGUCAAAUAAAAAGCACGUUUACAACCAGUAUAAAAUUAUAUGCGCAACUGGACCUGGUAUAGGUAGAGCAAUGAUUGAAGUUCCAGACGAUAACUUUGUUUGCCAAACAAGUCUAACUUUCGUUGACAUAUUAUUCAUAACAAUUGGAUCGCUAACUGGUAUUAUUUUACUGUUCUCAUUUGCAGCCUGUAAAAUGAAUAGCAUCUUAGUUUUUAUGAUAUCAAAUUUUAAUGUGUGCAAAACCACUUGUCGGAAGAGGAUACGCCGGCGUUUGUCUUACGAUAUCUUUAUACAGCAUUCAUCCGAAGACAAUGAAAAAGUUGAAAAAAUUGAUAAUUAUCUGAAAGGUCUGGAUCCGGAAUAUAAUGUGUACAGGCAGGACGAAGGAACUCCAGGUGAAUUAUUAUUUAAUAUCAAUGAUGUGAUUGAAUCCAGUCAUGUAACUAUAUUCGCCAUCUCGAAUGAAUAUUUGAGAAACUCUUUGAAUAUUAGUGAAUUCCGAGGGGCCGACAUGAAAUUCUGUGAAAGACAAAUAAAUACAAUGGUGUUAAUUAUAUUAGAGGAUCUAGACAAUAAUAUUGUUACCUCGGAAUUGAAACCAUACUUGGAAGCGCGUGUAUGUAUAAAAUAUAGUGACAAAUAUUUUUGGGCAAAACUUUUAAAGCGUCUUCCUAUCAUGAUUUCACCCGAUAAUGAUAACGGAGAAAGAACGCCGCUUAUCCAACCAGAGUAGUUUUUGAAAUGGAAGUUUAGUUUGUUUGCGUACAUGCAUAAUGCAUAAUCGAUAGUUACAAACGCAAAUUGUUUGUUUCAGAUACUAACUUAAAAUGAAGAAAGUCCUCAUCAAUAUACUUUUCGUGUUUUCGCUGUAAACAUUGGUAAUAUGAGAAUGACUUUUGUAAAUCAUUUUUGUAUUAUAUUCGAUAUUUUAUCCUUUCGUAAUACGUAAAUGGGCAUGGCGCUUUAUGCGAAUUUCCGAAGUAAAUGUGCUGUUUGUUUACAAAAAAUAUAUGACAAUGCACAAUUUCUGCGGUUUACCUUUAAUUGUUUAUAUAAAAGGAACUUCCGCGUUUUUCCGUUUAAUUGUUUAUAUCAAAGGAGCGCAACAAAAAUAUAAUAUUUUUGUAUUUGUAACUUUAAUAUCAUAUCACUAUUCUGCAGAUUAGCAAGUUAUCAAUAUUUGACUGUUUCAAAGACUUUUUUUCUAGAUUUUAAUUACGCAUGGUUAUCAUACUGCUUGCACAUUGUAUAUUUGACGUUUUAACUGAUGCAAAUUUAUUACAUUGUAUAUUUUCAUCACAGCUUUUGAUUUUGUAAUGGUUCUUUGGAAACUGUGUCCACAUUUCUGACUUGGUACCAUUGGUUUUGUCAAUCAAAAUUGUCGUGUUUUUUCGAACGACAGUCUAUGGACAUACGUUAUAAGACAAUGUGAAAAAACAAUUUUUACUAGACUACAUACUUACUAUAUAAUUUGUACUAGACUACAUACUUUACUAUAGAAUUUAUACUACACUACAUAUUUCACUAUAUAAUUUAACGUUAACUACAUACUUACUAUAGAUAUAAUUUCACUAUACGAUAAAUAUGUGAAUGUUAUGAGCACUUAGUUUUCAUGACUGUUCCUUAAUGGACAGACACAGCAAUUAUUUGCUUUCUUUCGUAUACCUUUUAUAUUUCCGAACGUCGGAAAGUGGACGAAGCUAUAAUGUAUUUUUACAGUUGUUUCAUUAUUAAGAAGGGUAGCUCAUUUAUUUACUUUGAUAUCGUACGUAUACAGCUGUGAUGUUUUGUUGAUCUGACUUGCAUACUGAACGUUAGACAAUUAUAUGAAAAGUGCCAUAAAACAUUAUAUUCUGCUCUUCCUCUAUAAGUAUAAUAUCUUACACCACAUAUAAAAAUUACGCCUUGGUCAGAUUCUUGAUCUGACUUUUUGUCACAACUGAUAGCAACUUCGCUCAGUUUUUUAGCGAUGACAAAAACAGUAUUUUAGUCUAUAAGACGUCCUCAUUCUAAUACCUUAAGUUGACUGUGUAUAAUAAUGUAGAGGCUAAAUGAAACAUUAAAUCUUAUUUAAACCUUAUUAAUUAAAAUCAUUGUUCUAUUUCAUGAAUAAGAUAUCUGCAAACCUGUUCAGUUACAGAAACAUAACGUGCCUUGUUACAGUUGUAUAAAGAUGCCUAUUACUUGGAAUUCAAUCACUGUAAUCAUUAUUGUUCAUGGAGUCUAUUUAUGUUUGAAUAUUUUGAACUUUUUAACGGCGCUUUAUUUAAGAUGAGUAUAACGUUUACAAAUUAUAAGAGUAUAUUUACUGAUUUCAGCGGAUGCGGCAUUUGAAAUUCCCAAAUGUAUCUAAAUGACAAAACAUUAUAAAACCAUUUAUUUUAACCAAUCGUGACAGUGUUGAUUGUAUUUUUCUUUUUUAUUAAAUCAAAUAAAUAUUUUAAAGAAUUUUACUAAGUGUACUAUCAUGUUUAAUAGACAAAGUAGUACAAAUACAAUGCCUGUAGAAAGACAAUGCUACAAUGAAUGAAUGGUAACAGUUAUGCAAAAAAAAAAAAAUUAUGCCACUAUUAUCUGUGUAUUGUAUUGUUUAAAUGUCGCAAAAUUGUAUGCUUUGUUAACUUUUAUGUUUGUAAUAUUUCGCAUGUAAUUGUCUGAUUGUCAGAUUUAUCAAGAUAGCUCUUUAAAUUUAUAUUCAUCCUUUCGUCUUGCAAAAGUAUUUCAAUGCUUGAAAACUUUAAAUCGGGUUUUACAUGCACAGAGAUAUAAUAUUAUUUCAAAACGUGCAUGGUUCGAAUGUUUCAAGGCUUAAAGGCCUAGAUCUUGGCAGUGAGCCAAAGGAUUUCUAUCUUCAUUAGCACAGUUUGGGGCUAAUAACUGUCACAGUAUGGUUCCUAUACACAAAUGUCAUUGUUUAUUUGAAAGUGUCAUUUUACCUCAUAAAUAUAUCAAUAACAGUCUAUUUUUUAUGAAUAUUUGACAACUUUAAACGUUAUACCCAUUUUUGGAAAAAGAAAAAUAUUUGUUGAUUAAUUUAAAACAUAAUGAUAAGGAACUUCUAGAGGAAUAAGUUACAAAUUUCGUUUAAAAAAUGAAUACCGAAUAUACAUUUCAGUGUUAUAAAGUAAAACAUGAAAAGUACACUUUACGCAAUUAAUUAUUGAAAUUCAAAAUUCAGUAUAGAUCGAACACAAUAAUUUUAUUUUAUCCAGUCAUAUUAUAUGCAGAUGAAUAAUGAGAUUGCAUGUAGUACUAUAUGAAAAAAAAUCAUUAUAAUUAUGAUAUUGGAAGAAAUCAUUGAGUUUUCUCUUUACCUUUGUUCAUUUUUAUUAUUUUUAUUGUUGUUAAUAUUAUUACUAUUUUCUAUCAUUGUUAUUAGUAAUAAUAAUAAAAUAUCAACAUUUUCAGAGGAAAAGUUAAUUUCCUUCAAUUCCUCUGCAUACAUCUCCAUAGCCGAGAUAGGACCACUGCUUUGCUAAUUGCCUUCUAGUUAGGUACUGUUACAUAAGCAGCAGAUAUGGCCGCCUUUAAGACAUUUGAAUAAUAUUUCGAUAAAACACAACUUAUCUUGUUUUUUGUUAUUAGCUCACCAGAGCACAAAGUGCUCAAGGUGAGCUAUUCUGACCGGUCAUUGUCCGGCGUCCGUCGGCGUCCGUCGUGCGUCGUUCGUCGUGCGUCAACAUUUGCCUUAUGAACACUCCAGAGGCCGCAUUUGUGGCCCAAUCUUUAUGACACUUGAUCAGAAUGUUUGUCUUGAUGAUUUCUAGGUCAAGAUCGAAACUGGAUCAUGUUGGGUCAAACACUAGGUCAGUAGGCCAGAUCUAAGGAAAAGCUUGUGAACGCUCUAGAGGCCACAUUUGUGAUCCAGUCUUUAUGAAACUUGGUCAGAAUGUUUGUCUUGAUGAUCUUUAGGAGAAGUUUGAAACUGGGUCAUGUGGAGUCAAAAACUAGGUCAGUAGGCCAGAUCAAAUGAAAAGAUUUUGAACACUCUAGAGGCCUUAUUUGUGACCCAAUCUUUAUGAAACCAAGCCAAAAUGUUUGUCUUGAUGAUUCCUAGGAAAAUUUCGAAACUGGAGUAUGUGGGUUCAAAAACUAGGUCAGUAGGCCAGAUCAAAGGAAAAGGUUUUGAACACUCUAGAGGCCUUAUUUGUGAUUCAAUCUUUAUUAAUCUUAGUCAGAAUGUUUGUCUUGAUGAUUCCUAGGAAAAUUUCGAAACUGGAUCAUGUGGGGUCAAAAACUAGGUCAGUAGGCCAGAUCAAAGGAAAAGCUUGUGAACACUCUAGAGGCCACAUUUGUGACCCAAUUGUUAUGAAACUUGAUAAGUUUGUAAGUUUUAAUGAUUUCUAGCAAAUGUUCGAAACUGGGUCAUGUGGGGUCAAAAACUAGAUAAGUAGGCCAGAUCAAAUGAAAAGCUUGUGAACACUCUAGAGGCCACAUUUGUGACCCAAUCUUAAUGAAACUUAGUCAGAAUGUUUGACUUGAUGAUCUGUAAGAAAAGUUCGAAACUGGGUCAUGUGGGGUCAAAAUCUAGGUCAGUAGGCCAGAUCAAAUGAAAAGCUUGUGAACACUCUAGAGGCCACAUUUGUGACCCAAUCUUUAUGAAACUUGGUCAGAAUAUUUGUUUUGAUGAUCCCUAGAAAAGUUCGAAACUGAGUCAUUUGGGGUCAAAAACUAGGUCAGUAGGCCAGAUCAAAGGAAAAGCUUUUGAACACUCUAGAGGCCACAUUUGUGACCCAAUCUUUACGAAACUUGAUCAGAAUGUUAGCCUUGAUGAUUGCUAGGUCGUUUGAACUGGGGAAUGUUGGGUCAAAAACAAGGUCAGUAGGCCAGAUCAAAGGAAAAGUUUGUUAACACACCAGAAGCCACAUUUGUGACCCAAUCUUUAUGACACUUGGUCAGAAUGUUUGUCUUGAUGAUCCCUAGGACAGUACGAAACUGGGUUAUGUGGGGUCAAAAACUAGGACAGUAGGCCAGAUCAAAGAAAAAUCUUGUAAACACUCUAGAGGCCACAUUUGUGACCCAAUCUUUAUGAAACUUGAUUAGAAUGUUAGAUUUGAUGAUUUCUAGGUCAUCUUGAAAACUGGGGCAUGUCGGAUCAAAAACUAGGUCAGUAGGCCAGAUCAAAGGAAAAACUUGUGAACGCUCCAGAGGCCAUAUUUGUGACAAUCUUUAUGAAACUUAGUCAGAAUGUUGGUCUUGAUGAUCUCUAGGUCAAGUCUGAAACUAGAUUAUGUUGGGUCAAAAACUAGGUCAGUAGGCCAGAUCAAAGGAAAAGCUUGUGAACACUCCAAAGGCCACACUUGUAACCCAAUCUUUAUGAAACUUAGUCAGAAUGUUUGCCUUGACGAUCUUUAGGAGAAGUUUGAAACUGGGUUAUGUGGGGUCAAAAACUAGGUCAGUAGGUCAGAUCAAAUGAAAAGCUUGUGAACAAUCUAGAGGCCUUAUUUGUGAUCCAAUCUUUAUGAAACUUAGUCAGAAUAUUUGACUUGAUGAUUCCUAGGAAAAUUUCGAAACUGGAUCAUGUGGGGUUAAAAACUAGGUCAGUAGGCCAGAUCAAAUGAAAAGAUUGUGAACACUCUAGAGGCAACAUUUGUAACCCAAUCGUUAUGAAACUUGAUCAGAAUGUUAGUUUAAUGAUUUUUAGGUCAAGUUUGAAACUGGGUCAUGUAGGGUCAAAAACUAGGUAAGCAGGCCAGAUCAAAGGAAAAGCUUGGGAACAUUCUAGAGGCCAAAUUUGUGACCCAAUCUUAAUGAAACUUAGUCAGAAUGUUUGACUUGAUGAUCUCUAGGAAAAGUUCGAAACUGGGUCAUGUGGGUUCAAAAACUAGGUCAGUAGGCCAGAUCCAAGGAAAAGCUUGUGAACACUCCAGAAGCCACAUUUGUGACCCAAUCUUUAUGAAACUUGGUCAGAAUAUUUGUCUUGAUGAUCCCUAGAAAAGUUCGAAACUGAGUCAUUUAGGGUCAAAAACUAGGUCAGUAGUCCAGAUCAAAGGAAAGGCUUCUGAACACUCUAGAGGCCACAUUUGUGACCCAAUCUUUAUGAAACUUAAUCAGAAUGUUAGUCUUGAUGAUUGCUAGGUCAAGUUUGAAACUGGGGAAUGUUGGGUCAAAAACUAGGUCAGUAGGCCAGAUCAAAGGAAAAGUUUGUGAACACACCAGAAACCACAUUUGUGACCCAAUCUUUAUGACACUUGGUCAGAAUGUUUGUCUUGAUGAUCCCUAGGACAAUACGAAACUGGGUUAUGUGGGGUCAAAAACUAGGUCAGUAGGCCAGAUCAAAGGAAAAUCUUGUGAACACUCUAGAGGCCACAUUUGUGACCCAAUCUUUAUGAAACUUGAUCAGAAUGUUAGUCUUGAUGAUUUCUAGGUCAGCUUGAAAACUGGGGCAUGUUGGCUCAAAAACUAGGUCAGUAGGCCAGAUCAAAGGAAAAACUUGUGAACACUCCAGAAGCCAUAUUUGUGACCAAUCUUUAUGAAAUUUAGUCAGAAUGUUGGUCUUGAUGAUCUCUAGGAAAAGUCUGAAUCUAGAUUAUGUGUGGUCAAAAACUAGGUCAGUAGGCCAGAUCAAAGGAAAAGCUUGUGAACACUCCAAAGGCCACUCUUGUAACCCAAUCUUUAUGAAUCUUGGCCAGAAUGUUUACCUUGACGAUCUUUAGGUGAAAUUUGAAAAUGGGUUAUGUGGGAUCGAAAACUAGGUCAGUAGGUCAGAUUUAAUGAAAAGCUUGUGAACACUCUAGAGGCCUUAUUUGUAAUCCAAUCUUUAUGAAACUUAGUCAGAAUAUUUGUCUUGGUGAUUCCUAGAAAAAUUUCUAAACUGGAUUAUGUGGGGUUAAAAACUAGGUCAGUAGGCCAGAUCAAAUGAAAAGAUUGUGAACACUCUAGAGGCCACAUUUGUAACCCAAUCUUAAUGAAACUUAGUCAGAUUGUUUGCCUUAAUGAUCUCUAGGAAAAGUUUAAAACUGGGUUAUGUGGGGUCAAAAACUAGGUCAGUAGGCCAGAUCAAAUGAAAAGCUUGUGAACAAUCCAGAGGCCACAUUUGUGACCUAAUCUUUAUGAAACUUGAUCAGAAUGUUAGUCUUGAUGCUUUCUAGGUCAAAGUUGAAACUGGGGAAUGUUGGGUCAAAAACUAGGUCAGUAGGCCAGAUCAAAGGAAAAGUUUGUUAACACACCAGAAGCCACAUUUGUGACCCGAUCUUUAUGACACUUGGUCAGUAUGUUUGUCUUGAUGAUCCCUAGGACAAUACGAAAGUGGGUUAUGUCGGGUCAAAAACUAGGUCAGUAGGCCAGAUCAAGGAAAAGCUUGUGAACCCUCUAGAGGCUACAUUUGUGAUCCGAUCUUUAUGAAACUUGGUCAGAAUGUUUGUCUUGAUGAUCCCUAGGAUAAGUUUGAAACUGGAUCAUGUGGAAUCAAAAACUAGGACAGUAGGCCAGAUCAAAGGAAAAGCUUGUGAACACUCUAAGGCCACAGUUGUGACCCAAUCUUUAUGAAACUUGGUCAGAAUGUUUGUCUUGAUGAUUUCUAGGUCAAAUUCGAACUGAGUCAUAUGGGGUCAAAAACUAGGUCAAUUUGCCAGAUCAAAGGUAAAGCUUCUAGAGCUAUUCAUUCCACCUUUGUAGGACGUUGCCGGGGAUCGAACGCACGACCAUCUGCACUCAAAGCAGGCACUCUAUCAGUUAGCUACUGAGGCAGUCUCACUAAGUACGACCCAGAGCACAAUUUUGUAACAAUAAAACUUUGUCAAGAUGGGUAUGGGAGGGUGUGCAAAGCAGGCAUUUCAGGGACCCAGUCUAGACCGAAAGCCUGAAAGUUAAAGCCGCAUAACGAGAUACAUGUUGAAGAAAACUUCGUAAACUUCUCUGAAACACUCGUGAUAAGUAGCAAGUUAUUAUUAUGUUUUUGAAUUAGUACACUUGACAUUUUUGCAUUAUUUCCUCUAUUUGUAAGAUAUGACAAAACACAGCUAAGGAUCGUGUGGUGAAGACAACUAAGCGAUACGUAGAAAAUUACAUGUACAAUAUGUUUCACUAAAUACUAUUUCAGCCAUGUUAAACGAUGGGACAAUGACAAAAAAGGAAAGGUGCACAUUCGCUGAAACUUAUAACACGAAUCAAAUAGGGGUCAGCACUUAACGUAUACCAUUUAUAAUUAAAAUCACUCACUGGAAUACACCACCAUAAUACAUUUACAUAUUUAUGAAUCAAGUGUAGCGGAAGACGUUAGGACUUAGGACUAAUAGUGUUCGUUCUAUCCGUCUUGGGUUCAAACCAUAUUACUCUUUCUUGUAUUUGUUCCUUUUCCAUCCUUUAAACAUCGUUUUGAUGCCUUAAUUUGUUAAAUUAUUUUCUUAUCCAUCAAUUAAUUACAACAAAUAUGUUUGAUUUAAAAAAAAGGAUUAACUCUAACAAUUAUUUGAGAUCCAAUUCUUUCUUGGUGUACAUGGUAUCUUUUUAAUUUCUUAAAUUUGCUUUAAUGUGUUACAUAUAACUUAUACAUACGUACAUGUAUGUUAUAUAACUGUAUUUCUCAGAGCUUUACCAGCAGAUGGUAAUUUUAAAAUAAGUUCAACACAGACACUAACGUGUUUGUACACUAACGUGUUUGUGUGUUGUAGUACAUUUAAUUUUUAUCAGACUGCAUUUAAAUCAUAUAAAACAUUUAUUUUGUCUACAAACGAUAGAUAUCAAAAAGAAAAAAAAAAUCAUUAUACAUUGUAGGUCCAAUUUCAGUUUUUUAAAGUAAAGCACUCGUACCAAUGGAUAUACCAAAUUUCAAAUUGUAUAUUGAAUUGUACCGAACGAAAAUUACUCCUGUUUCAAUACAAACAUAGUCUUAAAGUAUUUUUUUAAUUCUGAAAAUUAAUUGUGUAUGGUACACCUUAAGGUAUUUACAGUUCCUGAGUACUGUAAACUACAGAAUGAGAAAUAUAGUAAGUUUGCCAUGUAAAUUAAAUGAAACUGUAAAGUUCAGGGAACUUCAGCAUAUUGUCCCUAAGAAGGUUUACAGCUUCUACACAGAUUUACAGGCUCUUAUGGCUUCCCUGACGAGUGUAGAUCUAUUUUCAGUCACUGAAAAGUAUGAAGCUACUUUUUUAACUUUAUAUACUAUUUUUACAACAUUUUUCAAAUGUUUAAAAUACUUUAAAAUCUUCGAAAAUCUGCAAUUUUAUUUAUUCAACUUAUAUCUCAAUAUAUCUCAAUAUGUUAUCAAAGAACUUGCUGAAUGGGUUAACAUAAGCUGCCCAAAUAAGUAUCAACUGAAUUAAGUUCUUUUGCUACUGUUACUAAUUUUCAAUGUUCUUAAGAACCUAUUAAUCACAUCCCGUAAGGUUUUCCUCAUGUAAAAUGCUUUACAAUUAUAGUGAAAAUAAAAAAAAAUAAUGCCGAUACAUACAUGCAAGUAGUUUUUCAGUGGUACAUCUCCAAACGACUUUCUUGUUCAUGACCAGCUCGCAGCCAUAGCGCCUUUUGCAUAGCAGUCUUUAGACCACUUACAUUAGUUGAUAUGUUUAUAUUAUUUUACGCAUUUAAGUAAAUUUAUGUUCUCUUACGAAAUAAAUUGUUUUAAUUUUGGUGGGUAUCGUCUUGUCUAACAUAACGCCUCACUGCUAAUCCGCACCUGUAUUUGUAUUUAUAGUCGUAUCGGUUCAAAUACUAGUCUGACAAGUUUUAAUCCCACGGGAUUUUCAUGGGCAAAUUUAGUGCAGUGACAAGUACAUUCUUUAUCGGAAAUCCGUAGAGGACAGAUCGUUUACAAAAAUUUAAAGAAGAUUACGACGGAAAACUGCAGCGCUACUGUUUUGAGAAUUCACAAUUGAGAUGAGUAUACAUUAUAUAUUUUCUUUAGAUGUCUGCACUUAUAAUUUUGAUUGCUGAACUUUCUGUUUAUACGGCAUUUGAAUAUGUCCUCUGGAAAGUAAUGGAGACACGUGUUCAUCGUACAAUCAGCAAGAUAUUGGUUAUUUGGUUUUAUUCAAUCACUAACUGAAUCAGUCUGAAGUGAAUUUUAGUUAAAAUUAACAGACAUAGUGAGCUGACAAAACACGGGUAUGGUCGAGCGUUUUUUUUUUUUUUGUUUGCAUGUACAUGCGCAAAAAUGCAGUACGUUAGUUCCUGUACAUUAUUCUCGGUCAUUAUUAUUUAUGGACUUUAAUCAUAUGUACAAUAUGCAUGUACUGGUUUCACCCGAGGUGUAUUGAGGUUUAUGCAUUUCUAACGUACAUUGUUGCGGAAAUAUUUUGUAACAUGAUUUAGUAUCGCUGGGAUUAAUCAAAGAAUUUUGCUUUGUAGCCUAAUAUAAUUUCAAAAAAAAAAAAAAAAAUACAAACUAUUAUGUCAUUAAAUCAAAUAGAAAUAUACAUUUGGUUGUUUCUUACCAAUUGUCAAAAUUAUACUUUAAAUAUCUUGCUUCAAAUGAUAAAAAGCAUGCUGCAUAGUCUAGUUACAGCUUAACAGAUCCGAUGAGAAAGGAGCGACAUACAAUUAAUUGGUUCCAUGCCGUUUUCAACAGUAUUUCAGUCAGAUGGUUGAAGUGUUCGUAGAGACUGCACAUAGGAAAAUUGACGCAGUUCUAGCCUGUACGCUUUGAUGCGGAUAAUCCAUUACGUCAGCAACUGUAACACCAGCAUUAACACGGUCAGUCUCUGGUAUAAGGGGCUGCAGAAAACUAAUGUCGUCAACCGGCUAUUCUCCUUAUGUCUUUAAACAGUUUAGCUAUAGAAGCGGCGCGGCAUGGUCGGGAUCGGCAGCUAUUGGGACACCUUGUGUUGAAAG